AGGAGGAGGGGAGGGACUCAAGUCAGAUCCGAACCGGCCGCGGCGAGAAAGGCUAGGCUCAGGGCCCGGCGGCUCCCCAGCCGUUGUGAGGGUCGCCCGGGAGGCUGUGACUACCUCCCGCUUUCUAGGGAGGUCCGGCCGGGGGCCGCGCGCCGCACCCAAGCGGUUGCCAAGGGCCUGCCCCGACUGCUGGUCCAGUUGCUAGGGCCUCCAUCUUGAGGCCGGUGGCCGCGGCGCCCCCGGAAGGGGUUGCCCAGCGGGGCAUUCACUUCCGGUCUGGGGCCUGCGGCGGCGGCGGCGGCGGCGGCAGCAGCGGUGGCGGCGGCGGCGGCGGCGGCGGCAGCGGGUCGGUGUAGAAAAUGGCGCUGGUGCAGCGGCUCGGGCCUCUCCCCGCGGCGCUGCGGAGGGCUUGAGGCUCGCGAGCCUCACUCGCCGCGCCCCACUUGCUCGUGCACUUUACACACAUGAGAGAAUUGGAAGCUAAAGCUACCAAAGACGUAGAAAGGAAUCUUAGCAGGGAUUUAGUGCAAGAAGAAGAACAGUUGAUGGAAGAAAAGAAAAAGAAAAAAGACGACAAGAAAAAGAAGGAAGCUGCUCAAAAGAAGGCCACUGAACAAAAAAUCAAAGUGCCAGAACAGAUAAAGCCCAGUGUAAGCCAGCCUCAGCCUGCCAACUCUAAUAACGGCACUUCCACAGCAACCAGCACUAAUAAUAAUGCCAAGCGAGCCACAGCCAGCAGUCAGCAGCAGCCGCAACCGCCGCAGCAGCCACCGCCGCAGCCGCAGCCGCCGCCACAGGCCUUGCCUCGGCAUCCUCGGGAGCUUCCGCCACGAUUUCGCCACCAGGAGCAUAAACAGCUUCUAAAGAGGGGUCAGCAUUUUCCUGUCAUAGCAGCAAACCUGGGAUCUGCUGUUAAAGUGUUAAGCAGCCAGUCAGAAAGCAGUGCUUUAACAAACCAACAGCCACAAAAUAACGGAGAGGUGCAGAACAGCCAAAACCAGUCAGAUAUAAACCACAAUACUUCAGGAUCCCAUUAUGAGAAUUCGCAGCAGGGACCUGUGUCUUCUACGAGCGACUGUAGCACAAACUGUAAGGAUGCUGCUGUAAACGACUCCCCUGGAGCAGAAGCAUGGCCCUCAGUCCCUGGCAGUGAUCCAGAGGUGGCUUCAGAAUGCAUGGAUGCUGAUUCUGCCUCCAGUUCUGAAUCAGAGCGAAACAUCACUAUCAUGGCUUCAGGGAGCACAGGUGGUGAAAAAGAUGGCCUUCGGAACAGCACUGGACUUGGAUCCCAAAACAAGUUUGUGGUUGGUAGCAGCAGCAAUAACGUGGGCCAUGGAAGUAGUCCUGGGCCGUGGGGUUUUUCCCAUGGAGCCAUAAUAAGCACAUGUCAGGUCUCUGUGGAUGCUCCUGAAAGCAAAUCAGAAAGUAGCAACGGUAGAGUGAAUGCUUGGGGCACUGUAAGUUCUUCAUCAAAUGGAGGGUUAAAUCCAAGCACUUUGAAUUCAGCUAGCAACCAUGGUGCCUGGCCAGUAUUAGAGAACAACGGACUCGCCCUGAAAGGGCCCGUAGGGAGUGGUAGUUCUGGCGUCAAUGUUCAGUGCAGUCCCUUAGGCCAGAUGCCUAACAAUCAGAGUAUUAACUCUAAAGUGGGCGGUUCUUCCUCCCACGGCACCUGGGGAAGCCUUCAGGAAACUUGUGAAUCUGAAGUAAGUGGUACACAGAAGGUUUCAUUCAGUGGUCAACCUCAGAAUAUCACCACUGAAAUGACUGGACCAAAUAACACUACUAACUUUAUGACCUCUAGUUUACCAAACUCCGGUUCAGUACAGAAUAACGAGCUGCCUAGUAGUACAGGGGCCUGGCGUGUGAGCACAAUGAACCAUCCUCAGAUACAGGCUCCGUCGGUUAUGAACGGCACUUCCCUUUCUCACCUUAGCAACGGAGAGUCAAAAAGUGGGGGCUCUUAUGGUACUACGUGGGGUGCCUAUGGUUCUAAUUACUCUGGAGACAAAUGUGCAAGCCCGAAUGGCCAAGCUAAUGGUGACACUGUGAAUGCAACUCUAAUGCAGCCUGGCGUAAAUGGGCCUAUGGGCACUAACUUUCAAGUUAACACAAAUAAAGGAGGAGGUGUGUGGGAGUCUGGGGCAGCAAAUUCCCAGAGUGCAUCAUGGGGAAAUGGAAAUGGUGCAAAUUCUGGAGGAAGUCGAAGAGGAUGGGGAGCUCCUGCACAAAACACUGGCACUAACAUACCCAGCGUGGAAUGGAACAAACUGCCUAGCAAUCAGCAUUCCAAUGACAGUGCAAAUGGCAAUGGUAAGAAGUUUACAAAUGGAUGGAAAUCUACUGAGGAAGAGGAUCAGGGUUCUGCCGCAUCUCAAACAAAUGAGCAAAGCAGCGUGUGGGCCAAAACAGGAGGUACAGUGGAGAGUGAAGGUAGUACAGAAAGCACUGGACGCCUUGAGGAAAAAGUAACUGGGGAAAAUCAGAGUAGAGAUAGAAGAAAAAUUGAUCAGCACACAUUACUCCAAAGCAUUGUAAACAGAACUGACUUGGAUCCACGUGUCCUGUCCAACUCUGGAUGGGGACAGACUCCUAUUAAGCAGAAUACUGCCUGGGAUACUGAAACAUCACCUAGAGGGGAGAGAAAGACUGACAAUGGGACAGAGGCCUGGGGAAGCUCUGCAACACAGACUUUUAACUCAGGGGCGUGUAUAGACAAGACUAGCCCUAACAGUAAUGAUACCUCAUCUGUAUCGGGGUGGGGAGAUCCCAAACCUACUCUGAGGUGGGGAGAUUCCAAAGGCUCAAACUGCCAGGGGGGAUGGGAGGAUGACUCUGCUGCUACAGGAAUGGUCAAGAGCAAUCAGUGGGGGAAUUGCAAAGAAGAGAAGUCUGCAUGGAAUGAUUCGCAAAAGAGCAAACAGGGAUGGGGUGAUGGACAAAAAUCAAACCAAGGGUGGUCCGUUUCCGCCAGUGAUAACUGGGGAGAAGCUUCAAGGAGUAACCAUUGGGGUGAGGCUAAUAAGAAGUCUAGCUCAGGAGGUAGUGACAGUGACAGGUCCGUUUCUGGUUGGAACGAACUUGGUAAAACUAGUUCCUUUACUUGGGGAAAUAACAUAAAUCCAAAUAAUUCAUCAGGAUGGGAUGAAUCUUCUAAACCGAACCCUUCCCAGGGAUGGGGAGACCCUCCAAAGUCUAAUCAGUCUCUAGGUUGGGGAGAUUCAUCGAAGCCAGUCAGUUCUCCAGACUGGAACAAGCAACAAGACAUGGUCGGAUCUUGGGGAAUCCCACCAGCUGCAGGCAAACCUCCUGGUACAGGCUGGCUAGGAGGACCUAUACCAGCCCCAGCAAAAGAAGAAGAGCCCACAGGCUGGGAGGAACCAUCCCCAGAAUCCAUACGUCGCAAAAUGGAGAUUGAUGAUGGAACUUCAGCUUGGGGAGAUCCAAGCAAGUACAACUACAAAAAUGUGAACAUGUGGAACAAAAAUGUCCCAAAUGGCAGCAGCCGUUCAGACCAGCAAGCACAGGUACAUCAGUUGCUACCAUCGGCAAGUGCCAUCUCAAACAAAGAGGCAAGCAGUGGCUCCGGCUGGGGUGAGCCCUGGGGGGAGACUUCUGCUCCAGCCACAACUGUGGAUAAUGGCACUUCGGCAUGGGGUAAGCCCACAGACAGUGGUCCCAGCUGGGGGGAACCCAUUGCUGCAGCGUCCAGCACAUCCGCAUGGGGCUCCGGCUCUGUUGGUCCGCAAGUGUUAAGCAAAUCUGGGCCAAAAUCUAUGCAAGAUGGUUGGUGUGGUGAUGAUAUGCCAUUGCCUGGAAAUCGCCCCACUGGCUGGGAAGAAGAAGAGGAUGUAGAAAUUGGAAUGUGGAAUAGUAAUUCAUCUCAAGAGCUUAACUCAUCUUUAAAUUGGCCACCAUAUACAAAGAAAAUGUCAUCGAAGGGUCUGAGUGGCAAAAAAAGGAGAAGGGAAAGGGGAAUGAUGAAAGGUGGAAACAAACAAGAAGAAGCAUGGAUAAAUCCAUUUGUUAAACAGUUUUCAAAUAUCAGUUUUUCGAGAGAUUCACCAGAAGAAAAUGUACAGAGCAAUAAGAUGGACCUUUCUGGAGGAAUGUUACAAGACAAACGAAUGGAGAUAGAUAAACAUAGCCUAAAUAUUGGUGAUUACAAUCGAACGGUCGGGAAAGGCCCUGGUUCUCGGCCUCAGAUUUCCAAAGAGUCUUCCAUGGAGCGCAGUCCUUACUUUGAUAAGGAUGGCAUUGUAGCAGAUGAACCCCAAAACAUGCAGUUUAUGUCCAGUCAAAGCAUGAAGCUUCCCCCUUCAAAUAGUGCACUACCUAACCAGGCCCUUGGCUCCAUAGCAGGGCUGGGUAUGCAAAGCUUGCAUUCUGUUAGACAGAAUGGCAAUCCCAGUAUGUUUGGUGUUGGAAACACAGCAGCACAACCCCGGGGCAUGCAGCAGCCUCCAGCACAACCUCUCAGUUCAUCUCAGCCUAAUCUCCGUGCUCAAGUGCCUCCUCCAUUACUCUCCCCUCAGGUUCCAGUUUCAUUGCUGAAGUAUGCACCAAACAACGGUGGCCUGAAUCCGCUCUUUGGCCCUCAACAGGUAGCCAUGCUGAACCAGCUAUCCCAACUAAACCAGCUUUCUCAGAUCUCCCAGUUACAGCGGUUGUUAGCGCAGCAGCAAAGGGCGCAGAGUCAGAGAAGCGUGCCUUCUGGGAACCGGCAGCAGCAAGACCAGCAGGGUCGACCUCUUAGUGUGCAGCAGCAGAUGAUGCAACAGUCUCGUCAACUUGAUCCAAACCUGUUGGUGAAGCAACAGACUCCGCCAUCUCAGCAGCAGUCACUCCAUCAGCCAGCCAUGAAGUCCUUCCUGGAAAACGUCAUGCCCCACACUACACCUGAGCUGCAGAAAGGGCCGUCACCAAUAAACGCUUUCAGCAACUUCCCUAUAGGCUUGAACUCAAACUUGAAUGUAAAUAUGGAUAUGAACAGUAUUAAAGAGCCACAGUCAAGACUAAGGAAGUGGACUACAGUGGACAGCAUUUCUGUGAACACAUCUUUGGAUCAAAACUCCAGCAAACAUGGUGCUAUUUCAAGUGGUUUCAGGCUGGAAGAGUCUCCAUUUGUUCCCUACGACUUUAUGAACAGCAGUACUUCACCAGCCAGUCCUCCAGGUUCAAUAGGAGAUGGCUGGCCACGUGCCAAAUCGCCUAAUGGCUCUAGCAGUGUUAACUGGCCACCAGAAUUUCGCCCUGGUGAACCAUGGAAAGGUUAUCCAAACAUUGACCCUGAAACUGACCCUUACGUCACUCCUGGCAGUGUCAUAAACAAUCUUUCAAUUAAUACUGUGCGGGAAGUUGACCACCUCAGGGACAGGAACAGUGGGUCAUCCUCAUCCUUGAACACCACGCUGCCUUCAACUAGUGCCUGGUCAUCCAUUCGUGCCUCCAACUACAACGUUCCCCUCAGCAGUACAGCACAAAGCACUUCAGCCAGAAAUAGUGAUUCCAAAUUGACAUGGUCUCCUGGUUCAGUUACAAACACCUCUCUGGCUCAUGAGCUGUGGAAGGUCCCUUUGCCACCUAAAAACAUCACUGCUCCGUCCCGCCCACCUCCGGGACUGACUGGUCAGAAGCCACCCUUGUCUACGUGGGAUAAUUCUCCCCUUCGUGUAGGUGGAGGAUGGGGAAAUUCUGACGCCAGGUAUACCCCAGACGACUGGCACUGGAGUUGUGCUGGCAUCAUGCCCCGCCCCUGCCUCCCCCCAACACACGCAACCACAAAUACAACUCAGAGCUUAUCUGCUGGCUCAACCAGUAAAUGUGAUCUUAUCCGUCUUCCUGCCCUGCCCCCAGAAUGGACCAAACAUGCUCAUCUCCAGGCUGAAAAUGGUUCCAGCUGGGGUGAGAGCAGCUCAGGGAGAAUAACAAAUUGGCUUGUUCUAAAAAACCUUACACCUCAGAUCGAUGGCUCAACUCUGCGUACCCUGUGCAUGCAGCAUGGCCCACUGAUAACAUUCCACCUGAACCUCCCACAUGGAAAUGCUUUGGUCCGUUACAGUUCAAAAGAAGAGGUAGUGAAGGCACAAAAGUCUCUGCACAUGUGUGUACUGGGGAACACUACUAUUCUUGCUGAGUUUGCCAGUGAAGAGGAGAUCAGUCGUUUCUUUGCACAAAGUCAGUCUCUGACCCCUUCUCCCAGCUGGCAGUCUCUCGGGUCCAGCCAGAGCCGGCUGGGCUCCCUCGACUGUUCCCACUCGUUCUCCAGCCGGACCGAUCUCAAUCACUGGAAUGGUGCUGGGCUGUCGGGAACUAACUGUGGAGACCUUCAUGGCACUUCCCUCUGGGGGACCCCACAUUAUUCCACAAGCCUGUGGGGGCCUCCAAGCAGCAGCGACCCCCGGGGAAUUAGCAGCCCAUCCCCCAUUAACGCUUUUCUUUCUGUUGACCACCUGGGUGGGGGUGGAGAGUCCAUGUAACAGUGUAGACUAGACGCACGGACUGCGACCUCAAGACGCGAAAGAAAGGAGCACUAAGUCGGGCUCGCCGCCUGCAGCCAGGGGCCACCUGUGGGAACAGCUCUUCUCUGCACAUUUUCCACUUUGUUUUCCCUGAAACAUAUCAGUUUGAAUACUUGAAUCAUGCAGGCCAAUAUUAUAAUGUGAAAAGGUAUCUAUCUAUUUACACUCCCAAAUAGCGCCAUACAUGCUAAACCGUGUAGAAGAGCUCCCUUGUGUGUAGUCAUCAUGUCUAGCCUUUGGGUUCUUUUCCCCCUCUCCUGUCCCCCUCCCCCCUUCAUUCAUCUUUUUUUUUCCCCCUUUUUCUUUUUCUUUUUUUUUUUUUUUUUUCCUUUCUUUUUUGCAAAACCCUUUUUUGGGCUGAUAAUGUAUGAGCUUUUAACUUUGCACUGAAUGAUGUUCUCUCCGUCUAAUCGGCAAUAUGGGGGGGCAGCUGUUCCAGUGUAAAUGUUUACUCAAGGAUGUUCUUAAAAGGUGUGCGCUCUCUACUAUGCCUUGAUGUUUGCCUACCUUAUUGUGGUAUCGUGGAGUUUAAAAGAUCAAGUUAUGAUGCUGACUUAGGACUAUAAAUGAAAGUAUUGCACCAGUUUUUUCAUGUUAGAAAACUAAAGAAUUUCGCUCUGCAGUUUGAAAAACUGUGGCCACAGCUGUGACUUGCAGCCCACCUGCCACCCAGGACGGGCCCUGCACUUUGAAUAGGCUUUCCAUUUUAUUUUGAAGGUUCCCACGUUGAACCUUCUUGUUUACAGAUUUUUUUGUUUGUUUUUUGAGAAAAAAAAAUGUUUACUCUUCCAUCAUUUAAAAAAAAUUAAAAGACAAAAAAAAAAUGGAGGAUGAUUUAAAAGAUGCUUUCUAUCUCUGGGAAAAAGGAGCAGCAUUUGGCCAUGUUCUUUUGUUUUUCUAUUCCUGUCCUAAAUCAAAGAGCAUGGUUCUCAGGAAAACCAGUUCCCCAGUUAAAAAAAAAAAAAAAAAAAAAAAAAAAACUCCUUGUAGUUUCUUAUAGGAAAAAAAAGAAAAACCCCAACUUUUAGCACUGAUACUACAUACUGCUCUGUUAAAGAAUUUUCUCUGCCAAAAAAAAAAAAAACAAAAAAAAACAAAAAAAUGCUUAAAGCUGGAGUUUGAGAUUCUGCUUUCAGAUGCUGUCUUUUUAUUAGUGAGUGAUGACGGUUUGCUAAUAAUCAGUAGGUAAUAAUUUUUGUAGCCCCAUCAAGUGGCUCUGUGCGUCUCUGCUCUCUCGUGACUGUGUUACUGUCUAACUGUUGUACCUUAAAGCCGAAAUCAGUAACUAUGCAUACUGUAACCGAGAUACUGGGCUUACAGGAUCGUUCGUUGUACAAAGAAAAUUUUAAAUGUUGUUGCAAACUAACGAGUUACACCAUUUUUAAAAUUUCUUUCUCUCCUCCCCCCCUUUUUUUGCCCACAAAUGGUAUUAUAAUGCUUGCUUAGUCAAAGAAGAGAGACUAAACAAGGGUAAAAAUUUUAACAGUACAGAAUUUGCCAUCAUUUCAUUGCCUUGAUUCUAACUGUUUGUGUCCUAAGAUGCAAAAGAAGUCAGUGGCUUUUAACUGUUUACAAAUAGAAUGUGAUUGUAAAAUGUACAGUUUGGUUGUGUUUGAAUUAUGAAAUUUCUUCAGAUAUAAUAAACCAUGACUUUUUGGCUGCUCAACAUUAAUUGUCUCUUUUUUGUGAAUUUAUUUGUACGCUCUUUUUUAUAACGAAAGUUUCAGAGUUGCUAUGUAUGAGGGUUCUCAUAGAGCAACCGAGUAACAAUCUGAGCAAAUAUCUGAACAUUUUAUCCGAACUUAUUCACAAUUUCACCCUGAAAUAAUGUGAGAACAAUGGGAAACUGUAGCUUGCUCCUUCCUACCCUCUUUGAGCAUCUUUGGGAUCUUGUUGCUCAAAACUCUUCUGUGACUCCAUCUUCCCCACCAUUUGUGCCCAUCUCAAGCCUCAGCAAGAGACCAUUUGGAACAUGAAGCUUAAUGACUUGACAGUGUUCUAGUGUUAAACUCUCAUACCUCUGUUACAAAAUGAGAAAUGCCACAGCCUGGACCGGCCUUUUUCUCCCCCUUCACGGCCUGCCCUCCUCACUGCAGGAGCCUUGGGCCAGAACCUGUGUAUGCAUUUCAGUGUAUGACUUCAAAUCAUGCUCCAACUUGCCAGGUGUAAGCUAAUGUUGUUCAAUGCAUUCAAUGUAUAUCGACUUCCAUACUGGUUUUUCCAAAAACCAAAGGUAGCUUUGAAAAACCACGUCUGGAAAUGUUCAGAACGUUAAGCUGAUUGACCUUUGGGGCUUUGAGUAGUAUAUAAUUGACUUCAUAAUUGCGUUAAUUGUAUUGUUAAAAGUGUUUGGGAGUUUUUUGCGCUUGUUAUGUGGAAAUAAAGUGUUUGAUUUAAAAAAGUAAAA